AUCGAUAUAAAAUGUGAAUCACUUUUAUUCAUUUUAACUGACGAUUACAAUAAUACAACGAUAAUUACAAUGUCAAGUGAUAUAAUACCGGUUAAUACUACUAUUAAUAAAUUAGUAGAUAAUCAAAACCAACAUGCAUUUGGUGAUAUAGGUGAUGAUGGUUGUAUACAUAAUAAACUAACAAAUGAUUCUAUUUGUAUGAUAACAUCAAAUUAUAAAGAUUUUGUUGAAAAUAUAGAUACUACUAUAAGUAAUGAUAACACUAAUGAAAUCCCUAGUAACAAACAUUUUGAUAAAAAUCAAUUAACAGAGAAUCAAAUGAGUAAAGUAAUUCCCAUUAAAGACUAUGAUAAAUCAAUAAUGGAUACAAAUAGUUAUUAUUCAACAUCAUUUAUACAAUUACAUUCUGAUAAUAAUUCAUUUAGUGAUGAUAAUAUUCAUAUAUGUUUAAAUCAAUCAUCAAAUUCAUCAUUGUUACAUACUACUGAUAUAAUGAAUAAUAAUACAAUGAUUUGUAAACUUAUUAGAAAGAAAAAACAUUUAGUUAUAAAAGAACAAGAAAUAUCUACAACAAUAGACAAAUCAAAUGGAAUAUCUUGUAUAAGUAAUGUAAAUCCUAAUGUUUUAUCAGUGUCUAGAGGUUAUCCAGAAAACAAUUUAAUCAUUACUACAGCCUCAUCAGCAACAUCAAUAAAAUCAGCAACAAUAACAGAUUUAAAAAUAAAUAACGAAAUUUCAACCAUCUUAAGUCAACAAUCAUCGGAUGAUGAUGAUAAUGCACAUGACAUUUCUAGUUGUGAUUAUCGUAAUGAUGUAGGUAUUUAUCACAAAAAUGUCGAUGGAUACAUUGAUGAUGUUGUUAGUUCUGAUACUGAUCAAGUAAAUUCAAGUUGUAAUGAUAACACUUCACUUAAACAACAAAAUCUUGACAGUUUUUUCGAAAACAACACAAAAUUACAAGAAUCUUGUUUAGCAACAACAACAACAAUAACAGUAUCAGUAACUACAUCACCAGUCUCCUCACUAUCAUUUAAUGUCAGUCAAUCAAAUAGUCUUCAGUCAAAUCAACAUCAACAACAGAAACAAAUACAUCAUGAUCAUAGAAUUCCCGUCUCUUCAUCAUGUCCAACUGAUUCUUCUUACUUAUUAAGUCAAUGCCCAAGUACAUAUGCUAAGAGAAAACUGGUUACUACUACUACUACUUCUAAUAAUAAUAAUAAUAAUAAUAAUAAUAAUAAUAAUAAUAAUUCUACAGUACACGAUCAUAAGAUCAAUAGAAAUGAUAUAAACUAUCAUUUACAUUCACCAACUUCAAUGAGCAACAAUCUAAAAAAUCAUUGUUUAACAACUACUGAAAACAAUAUAAGUAGUUAUAAUGAUAACAAUAAUGAUAAGUAUUCAACAAAUAACUCAUAUGAUAUCAACAUAACAGUCAAUAACUAUAGUAAUAGUAAUGAUGAAACCAAUUUAAUCAUCAAUUAUCUACCACCAUAUAUGUCACAAGAAGAAGUGAGAGUACUGUUUUCUACUUGUGGUCAAAUUGAAAGUUGUAAAUUAAUACGUGAUAAAUUAACUGGUGAAAGUCUUGGUUAUGCAUUUGUCAAAUAUUCACAAUCAAAUGAAGCACAAAAAGCAAUACAUAAACUAAAUGGUUUAUCAUUACAAAAUAAAACUAUUAAAGUAUCAUUAGCAAGACCUAAUUGUGAAUCCAUUAAAGGUGCCAAUUUAUAUAUUAGUGGUUUACCUAAAACAAUGAAACAAAAUGAAUUAGAACAAUUAUUUAGUCAAUAUGGUCGUAUUAUAACAGCACGUAUAUUAUAUGAUAAUAAGACAGGUAUAUCACGUGGUGUAGCUUUUAUACGUUUUAAUCAUCGUUAUGAAGCUGAAUUAGCAAUACAACAAUUAAAUGGUCAACAAUUACCAUCUAAAUAUUCAAAUGAUCUAUUGAAUAAACCGAUUACUGUGAAAUUUGCUAAUCCACCAAAUUCAAUAAAAUUUGAUCAUCUUAGUCUUUUAUUAUUAAAACAAGCAGCUCAAUUAAAAACUGUUGCAAAAUCUGCUGCUACGCCAUCAUCAUCAUCAUCAUCAUUAUCACGAAAUACUAAUUCAGCAGUUAUUGAUACAGAAUUAUUAAAUCAAUUACAACAACAACGAAUAGCUACAGUAUCAAAUCGAUUAAAAUAUUCUAUGACAUCAUCUAGUUCCACUGAAACAGAUAUACUUUCGACAAUGGUUAGUAGUAUAGGUAUGAACAAUUCAAUAUUAGCACCGACAAUUAUAGCAAGUACUGGUGGAUUAACACCAAAUGGUUGGUGUAUAUUUGUAUAUAAUUUAUCUCCAGAAAUAGAAGAAUCUAAUUUAUGGCAAUUAUUUGGUCCAUUUGGUGCUGUACAAUCAAUUAAAAUAAUAUAUGAUACAACUAAUAAUAAAUGUAAAGGUUUUGCUUUUGUUACAAUGAGUAAUUAUGAAGAAGCUGUAUUAGCUAUUCAUUCAUUAAAUGGAUAUAUAUUAGAUAAUAGAAUUUUACAAGUAUCAUUUAAAAUAACCAAUAAUAAAUCAAGAUCAUUUCCGUUGUAUACAUUAUCACCAUCAUCAUCAUCAUCAUCAUUGCCAUCAUCACCAUCGAGUCAAUCAAAUUCUUUACCUUUUGAUUUAUCGACCAUACAACAAACAUUAUCAAAUAAACAAGAUCAUUUUAAUUCAAAGAAAAUAGUUUGCAUCAAAAAUUCACUGAACAGUGAUACAUCAGUUGGAAGCAAUUAUGAAAAACAACAAACACAACCUCAACAAUAUAAAUCACAAUUAUAUCAUCAAAAUAAUAAUAAAAAAUUGUCCACAGAUUUAAAUGAUCAUACUUCUUUCAAGCCAGUUGUUACAGAUACACAAGAUAAAUCUGUAUCCAUUACAAAUUCAUCUAUCCAAUUAUUAACAAAUCGUUCUAACAAAACAAACAACAGUAACAGAAAACAUUUUAAAACAGUAUUCGAUGGUAAAACAUCAAUAGAAUCAUUUGAUUCAUUUAUAGUGGAAAGGCCAGUUAAAUCAACAUAUUUACAUUUGGUAAAUAAUUCAAAAAGACAAACAAAUAAGUUGAGGAAUUCACAAAAGAAAAGACGGUGACAAUAAAAAGACAGUGAACCGAAUAAACAAUCCGCAGCAGUAAUCAACUGUAGACUAUAAUAGACAAAAGAUUUCAUACCUUUACUUUUAAGUGUUCAUUUUAUUCUUAGAAAACUUAGUUCAUUUUUUUUUACUUUGAUUUCAUUUGAACUUAUUGUAUUUAGGUUAAAUCCAUUGUUUAGUUCGAAUGAUCAAUUUGUAUUUCUGUUAGUCUAUUCACCUUAUGUUUAGUUCAUGUUAAACACUCUUUUUUGCUGAAGUAUAGUUAAGUGAUGGAAAUUGGUAAAUUUAGCAAUAUGAACUGAUGAACUAACUUUUGUGAUGUUGUAAUGAAUCUGCUAAAGCAACGAAAUAUAUUACUUUAUUGGUUUUGUGAAAACUGAAAUGUUUUCUUUAACUUCUCUAAAUCUCAGAUAUGGAAGAAAAUUUCAGUCAUAAAGUUGCCAUUUC